AUGAAAGUUGAUGAGGAAGUCGUUGAGCUGGCCAUGUUUGCAAUCGCGGAGCAUAACAGGCACUCGAAGACGAAUCUUGUGUACGUGGAUGUCGUCCAGGGAACCAUGCAAGUUGUCCACGGCUUAUUGUACCGUCUUAUCAUUUCGGCUAAAACUGGCACCCGUGCGGCAAAAAAUUACGAGGCCGUUGUGUGGGAAAAGCCACAGGGCACGGGCCACCACUCAAACAAGCUUGUGUCCUUCAAAGAGUGUAGAUCUGUAGAUUUUGUAAAUCGAUUUCAGAUGUAUUUAUAUGUAUGUACGCCAAUGAGUUAA